ACCUCCCAACUGCAGAGUAACGGACCUCAUUCCAGCGCCAUCACAGAGAGCUGCGCAAGGCUUUCUUCUUCGCCUAUAGCUUGAAAACACACUGCAGACCUGUCGCCACUGCCUGUGGCCCUGCAGCCCUCGCUUCGCACCACGGUCACCUUCCUCUUGGUGCCCGGACCGCCAGCCAUGGCCACCGCACCGCUCUCACAAGUGCGCCAGAACUACCACCCCGACUGCGAGGCCGCCAUCAACAGCCAGAUCAACCUGGAGCUCUACGCCUCCUACGUGUACCUGUCCAUGGCCUUCUACUUCGACCGCGACGACGUGGCCUUGAAGAACUUCGCCCAGUUCUUCCUGCGCCAGUCCCGCGAGGAGACCGAGCAUGCCGAGAAGCUGAUGCAGCUGCAGAACCAGCGCGGAGGCCGCAUCUGCCUCCGCGACAUCAAGAAGCCGGACCGCGACGACUGGGAGAGCGGCCUGAAGGCCAUGGAGUGUGCCCUGCACCUGGAGAAGAGCGUGAACCAGAGCCUGCUCGACCUGCACCAGCUGGCCACCGACAAGAGCGACGCCCACCUGUGCGACUUCCUCGAGAGCCACUACCUGCACGAGCAAGUCAAGUCCAUCAAAGAGCUGGGGGGCUAUGUCACCAACCUGAGCAAGAUGGGGGCCCCGGAAGCCGGCAUGGCAGAGUACCUCUUUGACAAGCUCACCCUGGGCGACAGCGACAAAAAGAACUGAGUUGGGACUGUUUCCCCUAUAGCCACAGGGUGCAUGGUGACUUUCCCUGAUCACCAUGCCGAGCAUGCAUAUUGCAGUAUUGCCUUUGCAAAACGUUCCAGGUUUUUUCUUCCAGUUUUGCCAUAAAUAAAUAAAGUUGUUUGGUUUCAAUAAAGUUAUUUGGUUCUUAAAUAAA